CAUUCCCUGCAACCCUCUCCAAGGAGACAUGGUCUCCCUUCUAUGUUUGGAUGCCAUGAUUUAAACUCUUCGAAUGCAUCGGGGUAUUGGAGGGUAGUCAAGACAUCUGCCAGCAUGUCCUUGAGCCAGUUAUCAGUAACAUUACGAGAGGGGGAAGGCAUAUCCGCUAUGUCAAAAACUCUAUUGGUAUCAAUGCUCGUUGUGAAACUGGAACUGCAAACCCAAAAGCAUGCCACGAAUAGUCUUGGUGCACCUAUCAAUCCGGAUAAGGAAGGGAGAUUAAAUAGAGCAUCUAAUUGCUUCAGUGUAAGAGGCGAGUCAAUAUCCCUUACUCUGUGCCAGGACUGUCAUGAACGGGAGUACGGUACUGAUGAUCGUUGGGAACGUGUUGUUGACUGCCUUCACAGUCCGUUGAGACUGUACGCCGCCCACAGGACCUUCAUGAAGCGAGGACAA